GUAACACUCUUCUAAAUUAUCGCAGGCGUCACCUGUUUAUAUAUUUUAUGUAGCUUGAAGUUUAAGUUGUUUCUCCAGCUUCCGUUUCGGAUGUCAUCCUAAUCCCCUCCAGUGACCGGAAGUUCUAGAUAAAGCCGAGGUUGCAAAGUGCGUCAUAGCGCGGAGCUGAAGAGAGUAACCGAGCCUGCAGUCUAGCACCGACACUCUCUCCCUUCUUCUGUUUGCACAAGAAACCUGAGCUGACGUUUUCCACUCCAGCAUGGUCAAGAUUGCUUUUAACUCGGCCCUGGCGCAGAAGGCGCUGGGCAAGGAGGUGCCAGCCGCUGUGAAGGAUCCUGAGCUGGCCAUUGCCCCGGCGGGCAACGAGGGCUCCACAGGUCGCUGUCUGCUCACCCUGCUGGGCAUCGCCUUCAUCCUCAGCGGGCUCAUCGUUGGGGGAGCAUGUCUCUAUCGGUAUUUCACCCCAAAGAGGCUGUAUCACGGUGCGAUGCAGUUCAGCGACGUGUCAACCGGAGCUGGAGGAGAGAGCCAGCCAUACUACCUGCCCCGGGUGGAGGAGGAGGUGGAGAUCUCUGACAGCAUGGCCGUCAUCAGCGUCCCCCCUCCCCGCUUCAGACCUGGAGACCCUGCUUACAUCCUCCAUGAUUUCAACAGGAAGCUGACGGCAUAUCUGGACCUGACCCUGAGGACCUGCUUCGUGAUUCCUCUGAACACCUCGGUGGUGCUCCCCCCUCAGGACCUCAUCGACCUCUUCUCACAGCUGAUGUCUGGCUCCUACCGCAGCUACUUGGUGCACGAGGACCUGGUGGUGACGGAGCGUAUUGAUGACAUCAAGCCUCUGGGCUUCUACAUCCGCCGGCUGUGUGAUGGAAAGGAAACAUACAGAAUGCAGCGCCGCUCCAGCCUGCCAGGUGGAGGCAUCCAGAAGCGCUCUGCAGACGACUGCUUCACCAUCCACCACUUCGAGAACAAGUUUGUGACGGAGACCAAGAUCUGUAAGGCUUGAUGGGAAAGCACGAGCGUAGGUCAGAAAGCAAGUGAUAGGGAGUGAUAUUGAGCCAGAGUGACAGAGAGAGAGUAGGAGGGAGUAGGCGAAGGAGGGAACAGCUUUCAGCAGAGAGUAACUUUUGUAUAAAACUCUAACUCCAGUUUUUGCCUCCCUUGCUUUAACCCCAGUGAUAAGUGAAUUUAAGUUACAGCGUUCUAUAGCCUAACCCCCCUCCUAUGCUGUGUUCCCCUGAACCUUUAUGAGUCAUAGCUCUCUUGCUCACGUAUUCACUAGCUAGUCUUGUACUAAUAACCAGCGGCAGCCUGCUUACUAAGAAUACACUAAGUUUCAUUUGUUAUGUUGGUCUCUGUUCUGUUGCUGUAGCUUCCUGCUGAAUUAUCUUAUCGUUGUUACUGUAUUACAACAUCCAGUCACCUCCCGAGACGAGAGUUGUUAGUCCUACUGAAUACCUUAGUGAUACUGAGAAGUCAUUCAUAUCAGACCUGUCUGUGUGUCAGCCUACUGUUCCCACUCUUAAUGGGGUUUAUAGAGCAGCCUUGACAAGAUAUACUACAUGUUAUAGUGUGAUAUAGCACAAGUCACCCAGGAAAUGUAUGGUACAGUACAGUUACAGUACACAUGUAACAUGGUUGUCCAUGUCUGUUAUGGAUGGUACUUUUUGUAGAUAUUUCCCAGAGUGCCCUGCUGCUCCCAGGGGCCUCUGCCGUGUGAUAAUUUUAUGUAAUCAAUGGUGGCGAGCAGUCCAGCACCCUAUAUGACAAGUGUUUGUGUUUGUGUUGAAACCUCAUUUGUGACGAUAAACUUGAAGGAUGGUCGAUAAGCUAAAGAAGUGAAUGUGCUAAAGGGAAAAUUUUUACCAAAUUUAAAAACACUUAUUCUUUCUGUCACUUUUAAAUUCUUAUUUAUGAAUUGGAGGUAGCUGCGUUAAAUAGCUCACUAGGUGGCUGCAAGUUUUGCAGAAUGCAAUAAAUUUAAAAUUCUCACAAGAAGAAUAUGUUUUGUAAAAAUCCUUCAAUAAAUCUGCAUAAAAUGAUUGUCCUUGAUUUUGAGAGCCCCUAAAGAAAAGCUUGAACAUAUGAAAAAAUGGCCGUUUGCCAAAUGACUUGAAGUGAUUUUCAAUUGUUUCCCACUCGAUGCCUGCACAGAGAGACAAUCAGACAGGAAGUGUGUGUGUAAAAAUGUGUUUCUGUCUCAGCUUUUUAACAAUACUAGAAGAUUAGAUGAAAAACCAAUGUUGUGUGCAGCUACUGAAAUGAAUUCACUUUGUUGCUGAAUAAAGUUUCUUUACCU